AUGGAGCCCUUGUUCACUGGAGUCUCCAAUAAUGCCCGCCACCUCUAUACGCUGCUUUCGUGCAUCGGCUUUGCCACGAAAGCAACCGUCCAGAUCACGCCGGACGGGAUACGCUUCUCAGCCGAAGAAGGCCGAGUCAUUCAAGGAUUGGCCUUUUUAGACAAGUCCUUAUUUACCAGCUACACCUUCAAACCCCCAUCAGCGCAGAAUCGUCAGACCGAGGAGUCCACCCAGAGUACAGAAGCCACGGAGAAUGCUGAAUUCCCCCAAUUCAUCGUUUCACUAUCUGCGCUUUUGGAGACACUGAAAAUUUUCGGAAUCAACGAUCUCACCGAGCCAAAUGGCUCUCGGGAAUCAAAUCUUCCUCAAACCAAUCCAGCUUCAAGCGCAUUCUCAGGACCGGCCCUGCUCAUGGACCGCUCCUGCACUCUGCAGUACGCCCACUCCGGUGCUCCUCUUAGCAUUGCAAUCACCGAGGCAGGCGUCAAAACCACCUGCGAAUUGGUAACCUAUGAGCCUGAGGAUGCCGAGAUGGACAUUCCAUUUCAGCGCGACGGGAUUAUCAUGAAGAUCAUCAUGCGCUCUGCCUGGCUCCACAAUGCCAUCGCGGAGCUGGAUUCGUCGAACCCGACAAUCCUGAAGUUAUCUGCCUGUGCGAAUAGAGAACCGUGGUUUGCUCUCUCCGGGGCUGGCGGUCCCUUCAGUGAAUCGACCAUAGAAUUCUCCAUGGAUCAACAUGCUGAAGCUUCUGGCGGGUCUACUCAGGCCGAUCGAGCUUCACAGGCACACAAAAUUCUGACUGAUGAUGGAACGGCACGAUCGCGUGCCACGAGAGCCCGAGCUGCGCCAACGGUCACCGAGACCUUUCAAGUCUCGCCUCCUUCGUCAAUGGGCGACCGGAUUCGUCAGAGCUACAGAUUCGGACUGAUCAAGAAGGCGGCUCGGGCCAUGGCAGUCGCCAACAAAGUUAGUAUCCGAGGAGACCGCCAGGGAGUGCUCAGCUUCCAGUUCAUGGUCGAUCUAGAUGAUCAAACUCCAACAGGACGAUCCGUGGGCGCUGGAGUGAAAGCCGCUACAGGCCCCAGGUGCUUCGUGGACUAUCGAUUUGUCCCUUUGCUGGAUGAAGAAGACGCCGACGGUGACAUCGCAAUUGAUGUCUCAUGA